AUAUACAUAUUCUACAGUAUCACAUGAUUCGUGGUUUGGUUAAAUGCACGGAUUUAGGGGUUUUCUACUGCUUGGGAGUUGGUGCCCCUAACCCCUGUGUUCAAGGUUUACCAGUUAACGAUUCAGUUUUGUAACGAGUAAUUUUGCUCUCUUAGAGUCGAGGUGGAAAGAAGUUUCUUGCUGUACUGAAAGAAAUCUUGGACAGGGUGAGAAUGAAAUGGAUCUUAUUUGGACUUUGCGACAAGACUGCAGAGAGAAUUUCCCACUUGCAUUGCCAAAAUUGCUGCUGUCGAUCAAGUGGAAUAAACUUGAGGAUGUUGCUCAGUGAUGAAGAACUCUCUCAGUAUCUUUUACAGUUGGUGCAAGUUUUAAAAUAUGAGCCUUUUCUUGAUUGUGCCUUGUCUAGAUUCCUACUAGAAAGAGCACUUGCUAAUCGGAGGAUAAGGCAGUUUUUAUUUUGGCACCUCAGAUCUGAAGUACACAUUCCUGCUGCUUCAGUACAAUUUGGUGUUAUCCUUGAAGCAUACUGCCGGGGAAGCAUAGGUCACAUGAAAGCGCUUUCUAAGCAGGUUGAAGCUCUCAAUAAACUAAAAACUUUAAAUAGUUUAAUCAAACUGAAUGCAAUGACGCUAAAUAGAGCCAAAGGGAAAGAAGCGAUGCACACUUGUUUAAAACAGAAUGCUUACCGUGACGCGCUCUCUGACCUGCAGUCACCUCUGAACCCAUGUGUUAUCCUCUCAGAACUCUAUGUUGAGAAGUGUAAAUACAUGGAUUCCAAAAUGAAGCCUUUGUGGCUUGCGUACAACAACAAGGUGUUUGGUGAGGAUUCAGUUGGAGUGAUUUUUUUAAAUAGUGAUGAUUUACGGCAGGGUAUGUUAACACUCCAAAUGCUGCGCUUGAUGGAUUUACUCUGAAAAGAAGCUAGUUUGGACCUUCGGUAAGAUUUCUAGUGAAUUUCUUUUUAUCUCAUAUUGUAUUCCUUCCACGACAAAGUUUCAAAAACUUCUUGUUGAUUUCUUCCUGAUAUUACUAUUGGUGGUUGUUCAUAAUCAUAUCCAUAUAAUUCUUUAUAGUUUACAACAAUCCCUCAAUACAUUAUCUUACUGAAACCUCAUCAAGUGUAAAACUACACUUGUGACAGCAAGAGUCACAUCCCAGUCUGCGGUUUUGGAGGUGGUCUCGGGAAAGAUGCACUGGUGGUCGCGAGAGUGAUAAGCCAGAGAAGGGCCUGCACCUCUUCUUUUUCAGGCUAGUAACCCUGAUUCUUCUAACCUUCCUGAAAGGGAAGUCUUUAGGUGGACUUUCAGGAUUUUUUGCUUGCCACCACUGUGAGGGGUAGACAGUGAGCAGAACAGGUUUAUGGUGACAAAGAAAAAGGAAACAUAAUGGAUUUUUAAAGUUCAAUUAUUAUAAAUCUUUUAAGAUAAAGAGCAGAUAAUUGCAAACACUGUUGAUAUAUUUAAUUAUAUAAAAAUAUAAGGUUCAAGUGUCAACAAACCAAAGUCAAGCCUCACCCCAGGUGUUAUAUUCAUAAUGAACAGGACAGGGGUAUAAUAAUUCUGAAUAUUAAAAGAGUCUAAAGAAAUAAAUACAUAGGGAGAAGAUGUGAAAAGGCUGUUCAAGUUAUAAAAUAAAUAAGCUGAUAAUUAUGCAAAUACCAUUAGUUCUAAGGUAGAAGUUCAAAUUAAAAGAACAAUUAGAUGCUAUUGAUUGUUACCAAAAAUUAUGUUAAAUGAAAUACAGUCUGGAGCACUGUUGCAGCAACAGAAACACAAAUAUUGUCAUAUGCCAUUGUAAAUUAAUAUAAACCACUCUGUAUCAUUUAUUUAUACUCUAUAUCCAAUAUUUCCAUAACUUAAUUUAAAGUUAAAAAUGUGAAAAGAGAUUUAUGCACAAAGGUACUAAUUCUUGCUUUAUUUACAGUAAGAAAAAAAAAUUGGGCCACCCUUUUCAAUGUUUGCUCAAUAGUAUAAUGGUUUGAAAAAUGAUGAGCUUUCACAUAUGACAAAACAUC